CAACGCCUCCAUCUCUUUCUCUUUCGUCUAGUCUCCGUCGGCCUUGUCUGAGUGUAUUGCAGCUUUGGCUUUCACAUCGUUGAGGUGCUGAAGAGUGGGCAACCAAGAAGCCCAUUUGUAAUUCGAGCUUUUUUUGUAAUUAAACUGAAGAAACUGAAGUGUGUGCAAUGCUGAGGUUGAUCUUUUUGGCCGCUCUCGCCGGGUUCUCUCGGGCCAGUGAUGUGCUUGAGUACACAGAUGACGAUUUCGAAAGCAGGAUUGGAAACCAUGAACUCAUUCUCGUGGAAUUCUUUGCGCCUUGGUGUGGUCAUUGUAAACGGCUAGCACCUGAGUACGAGGCAGCGGCUACACGCCUGAAAGGCAUUGUUGCACUGGCCAAGGUUGACUGCACAGCCAACAGCAACACAUGUAGCAAAUAUGGUGUCAGUGGCUACCCAACGCUGAAGAUCUUUAGAGAUGGAGAUGAAUCUGGUCCCUAUGAUGGUCCCAGAACUGCAGAUGGUAUUGUCAGUUUUCUGAAGAAGCAGGCUGGCCCAGCUUCUGUGGAGCUCAAGACUGAUGCAGACUUUGACAAGUAUGUGGGAGACCACGAUGCAAGUGUUAUUGGGUUCUUUGGUGAUGACAAGAGUACAGCACAGGCAGAGUUCCUGAAGGCAGCCAGUGCCUUGAGGGACAAUUAUCGCUUUGCCCACUCCAACUCAGAGGCUCUCCUCCAGAGCCACAACAUUGAUGGAGAGGGCGUCAUCCUGUUCCGUCCACUACGUCUGAGCAACAAGUUUGAAGACAGCUCUGUCAAAUUCAGCGAGGACAAAUUCACCAGCAACAAAAUCAAAAGAUUUAUCCAGGACAACGUCUUUGGAAUCUGUCCCCACAUGACGGAUGACAACAAGGACCAGCUUCGUGGCAAGGACCUGUUGGUGGCUUAUUAUGAUGUUGACUACGAGAAAAACCCCAAAGGCUCCAACUACUGGAGAAACAGGGUGAUGAAGGUGGCAAAAAGCUUCCUGGAUCAGGGGAAGAAGCUGAACUUUGCUGUUGCCAACAAGAAUCUGUUCAGCCACGAUGUGUCCGAGUUCGGCCUCGACAGCGGCUCAGGAGAGCUUCCUCUGGUGGCCAUCCGCACUGCCAAGGGAGACAAAUACGUUAUGAGCGAGGAGUUCUCCCGAGAUGGAAAAGCUCUGGAGCGUUUCCUGCAGGACUACUUUGAUGGAAAGUUGAAGCGCUACCUCAAAUCAGAACCGAUCCCAGAGAACAAUGAUGGACCUGUUAAGGUGUUGGUGGCUGAGAACUUUGACAACAUUGUCAAUGACGACAGCAAAGAUGUGCUGAUUGAAUUUUAUGCACCAUGGUGCGGACAUUGCAAGAGUCUGGAACCCAAAUACAAUGAGCUGGGAGAGAAGCUGGCUGAUGAUCCCAACGUUGUUAUUGCCAAGAUGGAUGCCACAGCCAACGAUGUGCCAUCUCCAUAUGAAGUCAGCGGUUUCCCCACAAUCUACUUCUCCCCAGCUGGACGCAAGAUGAAUCCAAAGAAAUAUGAGGGAGGUCGCGAGGUUAGUGACUUUAUCUCCUACCUGAAGAGAGAGGCCUCCAAACCCUUAGUGAUGCAGGAGGAGCCCAAGAAGAAGAAGAAGAAGGAUGACAAGUCGGAGCUAUAAAAGCCCCAAACAGGAACUCAUCACCUGCCCCCAUACCAACAGGAGGAGGAGGAUUGGGGAAGAGAAAGAACUAAAUUAUAUUCCACUCUUAGUGAACUACCAAAUGGUCUGAAGCCGAAGUCAGAAAGACUCGGCCUUCCCUAGGUCCUCUGCUGCUUUGAGAAUACUGUGGAAGGUGGAGAGGUGGUGGCCAGGGUCUGCUCGAUGUAAAGAAAAAAUAAACAAAUUAGGGAAGAGGGGACAGCUUUGAAAAAAGAGAUUUCUAUUUCCUCUGGUCUGUCUGAUACCUCUCAGACUGAUGCACCUUGGUUUGAUACAAAUUUCCAGUCAUCUGUCACUUUGGGUUUUGUCGUCAUCACAGGGGAUAACUUUUUUUUUUUUUCCUUGUUUUGUAACUGGUCUUUGUUUUUGUACAUUUGGAAGGAUUGUGAAAUAAAAGGCCCACAAAACUAAAAUAACC